AUGGCGGUCAUUGCUGCAGCUACCAGACGUGCUCUUCUCAAUGUAGUCAGUUCUAGUUUUCGUCCAAAGUCAUCUUCUGCCAUACGAGUACAGGUGGCACUUCUUUCUACGGCUCAUAAAAGCGAUGAAGGAUCUGGUCAAGAUAUCCGCUUAUCGGAUACAACUGAAAAAGAUGAUUUUGUAGGCAUAGCAGCGUCUCCAUUCCCUAAAGAAUCAGCAGACAUUUUAAUGGCACCAGUCAAAGCGGAGGAUGUCGAAGUUAAACCUGAUGGGUUGCUAUAUCUACCUGAAAUCAGAUAUAGACGAAUUCUAAAUCAAGCAUUCGGACCAGGUGGAUGGGCUUUAAUGCCACGUGGCCAACCAACAAUGAUCAAUAAUGAAGGCGAACUUAGUCAACUCGUUAUACGUGAAUUUGCUCUAUACGUUGGUGGACGAUUCGUAGCUCAAAGUGUAGGCGAACAUUUGCACUAUUCUAAAAAUGAAUUAAGUACUGGUAAAGCUCUUGAAUCUGCUAAGUCGAAUGCGUUGAUGAGGUGUUGCAAAGAUCUUGGUGUUGCGUCGGAACUUUGGGAUCCAACGUUUGUCUAUAACUUCAAAAAGAAUCACUGUGUUGAAGUUUGGUGUGAAAAUGCGAGAAACUCCAAAGAAAAGAGAAAGCUUUGGCGCCUAAAGCGUCAAGGCAAUGAUGUUCUGCCGUAUCCCUGGAAACCAACGCAGUCCCAAAAUUGA